UAAAGCAGAGGUUAGAGUUUGCUCUUCCAAAUUGCUGUUGGGGCUUUGGGUUUAUCAGCCCAAUUUCUUGGCCUUAUGCUCCCCCAAAAAGAAAAAGCAAACGACUAAGGUCUCUUAACAAACAAAUCCCAGUUUCCUCCCCGUUUUCUUCUGUCGUUUCUUUGUCGUUUAACGUAUCUUACUACUACAAUAAACAGGAAACCAGUGUGAAAAGCGAGGGACGAAAGAAAUGGAAGAAGUGGGAGUAGGGUUAGCAUUAGCAAGAGCGACGGAGUUGAGAUUGAAAAUCAGCAGCUGCAUCACCUCCGCCAAGCCUGUUUCUCCAUAUGAACAAAGCCCAAAAAACCAAGCUGAUGAAAAUGGUAGGUUGAAUGGAGACAAAGGCCAUAAUUCUCAUCAAAGUUUCAGUGGAGCAGAUGAAGAAGAAGACGAAGAAACAACCGAGAGGCUUUUGGAUAUUCAAGAUGCCCUUGAAUCACUUGAAUCCCAACUCCUUGCCCUACAGAAUCUGCAACAUCAGCAAAGUUAUGAAAAAGAAGUUGCCCUUGCCGAGAUCGAUUAUAGCAGGAGAGUUGUCUUGGAGAAGCUCGAAGAAUAUCAAGGGAAGGACAUGGAAGUGAUUCUCGAGGCUUCUGCUUUUUUUAGUAAAACAGUGGAGAAUAACAGUGAUCUUCUCCUUCCUCCAUAUCUAAGUCGCCCGCCACGGUCCUUGGUUUCGGAUAACUGCUCUUUGUCACACUUACAGUCAACGUACAAGUCUUUGCCAAAUGGGAUAUCCACAGGUGACAAGCAAGACGAAUCCGGAAACUCGAGGAAAGGAUUUGGCCACUUCAUAAGUUCAGCAGUGAAGACCGUUCUUCCCCUUGUUGGUGUAAUGUAUAUAUUAAGCCUGUCAAAUUUUGUGCCAAGCAUUGGGAAAGGUAACCCUGUCAAGAUUUUUUACAUGAGUCGACAACGUGCAAGUGAAGAAAAGAAUUCCGAUGCUCCAUGUCCACCUGGUAAAGUCCUGGUAAUGGAAGAUGGUGAAGCUCGAUGCUUGGUGAAAGAGAGGAUCGAAGUACCAUUCGAGUCCCUUGUUGCCAAACCAGAUGUAAAUUACGGUUGCGGUUAGUUUGAUAUUACUUACAAAUGUUGUGUAUAACACUCCUUUUAUUGUUAAUUAGUUGCAAUGAAAUUUUAUUUGA